GGGAGUAUAAAGGUAGUGUAACACUAUAGCAGCAGUAACACUAUCGUCAUUCAAUCCUCGUCCCCAAAUGGAUGAAGCUGCUGCGAGGAAGCCGAUACGAUGCCGAGCGGCGGUGGCGAGGGCGGCCGGAGAGCCGCUGGUUAUAGAGGAAGUGAUAGUCGACGCCCCGAAGUCGCGGGAAGUCCGAAUCAAGAUCAUAUGCACUUCUCUCUGCUUCAGCGAUGUCACAAUCUGGAAACUCAAAGUUCCUCCUGCCUGUUUCCCGAGAAUUCUAGGUCACGAAGCGUUUGGCGUCGUCGAGAGCAUCGGCGACGGCGUGACUGAACUGUCUCCGGGAGACACCGUCAUUCCGACGUUCAUGGCAGAUUGUUUAGACUGCACAGAUUGCCUGUCCGAAAAGAGCAACCUCUGUUCCAAAUUCCCCUUCCACGUCUCUGCUUCGAUGCACGACGGUACCAGCAGGUUUAAGGAUCUCAAUGGAGAGAUCUUACACCAUUUCAUCUUCGUCUCGAGCUUUUCCGAGUACACAGUCGUCCACGUUGCCAACGUCACGAAAAUCGAUCCUUCGAUCCCUCCAGACAGGGCUUGUCUUCUCAGUUGUGGAGUUUCAACAGGCGUAGGCGCAGCAUGGAGGUCGGCAGGAGUUGAAGCAGGGUCAACAGUCGCCAUAUUUGGCCUCGGCUCGAUCGGAUUAGCAGUAGCCGAGGGAGCUCGACUGCGCGGCGCAGCAAGAAUCAUCGGCGUGGAUACAAACCCCGACAAAUUCGAGACAAGUAAGAAGUUCGGAGUCACUGAUUUUGUGGAUCCAAAGAGCUGCGGCAAGAAACGCGUCAGCGAAAUUAUAAAUGAAAUGACUGGCGGAGACGGCGCAGACUAUUGCUUCGAAUGCGUCGGGAGGUCUUUCUUGGUCGAGGAGGCCUUCGCUUGUUGUCGGAAGGGAUGGGGAAAGACAGUGGUGGUCGGGGUCGAGCCGGGCGCACAGCUGACGUUUAGCUCUUACGACAUCCUUCAUAUGGGGAAAACUGUCAUCGGAUCCUUGUUCGGAGGCUUCAAACCGAAGUCGGACGUGCCGGUCCUUGUCCGAAGUUACUUGGACAAGGAAUUGGAACUGGACAAGUUUGUGAGUCAUGAGGUUAAUUUUGAGGACAUCAACAAAGCUUUUGAGUUGCUACUUGAAGGGAAGAGCCUCAGAUGUGUCAUUUGGAUGGGUAAAUGAAUCCAACUAAUUAAUUAAGGGAUGUGUUCUAUGUGGUUUUUACCGCAUAAUUUUACUAUUAAAAAAUUAAUUUUAUUUUAUAUCAUAUUAUAAAUCUAUUUAAUAAAACUUUUGAUUGGAACCAAACUUAUGCAUUUCA